ACUUUCUUCAUCUCCCACCCCCGCUAAAAAUGGCAUCUAAUGAUGACGUAAAAGUGAAUCCUCACGUACUUUUAGCAAUGGACCGAGCAAAGAAAUAUAAACAAACAACCCAACACACAAAAGGAUUAUUAUACACGCUUCAAUAAAGCUGGCCAGGACACAUACAGAUUAGAGUAGAUUCGUUGGUCGUCCUUAUAAGAAUCCAAAUUUUAGUGCAUACAUAGUGAAAGUGCAUUUGAUUUGUGCAAUACAAUGAAAAAGAUUCUUCUAACAAUUUUCACCUGCACCUUGAUGUUAAGCCAAACUCAAUCGAGAAUAACCAAACGAAGCUAUUCUGACCAAAGUGUUCACGGUUACAUGACAGAGCGAACGUGUUGGUGGAAUGAGGUGUGUAAGGAGGAAUUUCAAAACAUGUUUCGUUGCAAAUGCCCUCAAUGGUCUUAUUGCAGGUCACCGGGUCGUUAUUACAAUGCAUUUUGUUCUAUGACAAACACCGGUUAUAUAUGGACACAACCGACGUGGGAUUGGGGUCCUUAAGGAAGUAAUCUAAUCUUCUAAAUUAUUGAAUUCCAUAACCAUAAUCUGGCCACUUCGAAAUCCGAACUGUCGUCUCUAAUGUGUUCCAUAAGAUGUUCCAUGUCAGUUGAAGUAUUUUAAGUUCUUGUAUAGUCACAUAAUAUCAACCAAUAAUAAAAAAUAACCAAAAUAAGGGUAUAUUCGUAGUUGGAUUUUUUAUUUAAAAUUGGACGACGACAGGCGGCAAAAUAAUUAGGGGUGGUGGAUUGGAGCAACACGUUGGAAAAUCGAUAAGGGUGCAAGAGUUUACAACCAAAGUUAAUGUUGACGAAA